CCUGUUCGGCGCUGAUCUCCUCGGCUGCCACGUCGGGUGGGUGCUGAGCCGACGAGGAGGACUCCUGGUCAGAUGCCAGCUGAAGCUGCUGAACCUGGAAGAUCAAGGGCUGUUAAAUUGUAUUCAGGGCCCAGUGCAAGCGUGUGUUCACUAUGAAGAUUAAGAAUCCAAAGGGGAGGAAGAAAAUCCGAUGGUCGUACGAAAUGGAGUCAUUCAUGGUAGAGUUUUAUAAGAAAAACCCGGCGCUGUGGAACUAUCACAGUGCUGAAUACACAAGUCGAAUUGUCCAGAAUAGACUGUAUUCUCUGCUGGAAGUGCAGCUGAAAGACAGAUAUCCGAUCUUCAGGCAAUGGUUUUCACGUGUGCGGAUCAAGGCGAAGUUCUACAGUAUGCAGAAAUACUACAGACUUGUGAAGAUGCGGGCGACAAUUUGUGGCAAUUCAACAUUCGAGUGGAAGCACUUCAGCGACUUCGCGUACUUCGAUGCAGUGCUGGAGCAUCCAAAUGGCUCAGAAGGGAGCACAUCUGCUGGCCAGGCGGGCGUCUUCACGGACGACAUGGACGAGGAGGCGGACGAACAGAUCGUGAUAGAGCAUCCCAGCUCACAUGAACUCCUCUGUGUGAAUGAUAUGGACACGAAGGAGAGCAUAGUGAUUUCCAGUGAUGAGGAUCUGGAUAUUUCUGGCGCGAACAUCAAGCGCGAGUCCGCGAUGUCUCAGAGACGCAGGGCUCAGUCGAUGUUCAGGGACUUUCCCGAUCGCUCAGACACACCCGCAACGACAUCACAGUCCGGCGUGAUGAAUGGCACGUCGAGGGACGACGGCAUAAGACUGGAGGAUCAGAAAUUCUGUGACUUCCUCGCAUCACGCAUGAAAGACAUGACAAAGGAGCAAGCAAGAGACAUCCAAAUGAAGAUUCUCAUGCUGCUCAACAAAGAGUGCUAAACAGGGGCCC